UGAUUUGUCUGUCUUUGUUCCCAUUGUCUAUGAUCACCAUAAACACUUUCCCUUCAACCUCUGUCACCUCACCCCCCUCAAGGGCCGACAACGCCUCGUCUUCCUCUCCUUUUCGGCCGGCCACUCCGAUCUCCCCUUCUGGCUCGACAGAGAGAUGCCCCCACGGCCUGUGUCGUAACACACACUGCCUGGGAUACACCUAACGGACAAGCAGUUUCCCCUGGUUUCCCCCCUUUUCUCGGGGCCAACACAAUGCAGUACCAUCAUGGGAUCAUGGUCUGUGACGGCCAGUCUCUCAACGGCUUCCUCUACGGCUGCGGAGAUCCAGUGGUGAUCUACGACGACGGACGAAACGAGAUCAGCACCGAUGAGGUCUAUGUCCUUAAUCUCAAGAACGGCCAGUCUAUCGUCGUCCCACUCCGACUUAUCUGCUGGGUUCCCGCGUACUCCGAAGAGCGACACGGCAGGACUUUCUUAUUCACCUUGUAUGGUCGCCGCUUCAAGUUGCCCCCCGAUCCUGAAGGGUCGCAAGAUUGUAUUGGCAGUCGAGCCAUCCAAGUGUCGUUUGGAUCUACAGGUCAUCUUGAUUACUCCCAUACGGUCUUGACGGAAGAAAAUUUGUCGACAUGUGCGCAUCGCCUUCAAGAAUCGGAAAGACAGGCGUAUUGCACCCUCCAAUGGAACCUGACGAGUGUGCGUCCCUUCCCGGCAGACAUGGACGUUUCCUCCGAACGAAGGUCGUCUGUUUGUCUGUCGAGUCCUUCGACAACGAGUCCGGCUACGCCAUCCUCCGGCAUGGACGUGGACUCCCUUGGCCUCCUUUUGCGGCGCGACUCGGCCGUGGACCUCAGCUAUCAGUCUACGGGGACAGAAGGCCAGGCGCUAUACGGCCAUGUUGAGAACAACUCCUUUCAAGACGACCCUUCGGGGAUGCUUCCCCCCCUUGGCCGUUUCGACAGCCGCUUCCCUCGCAAGAAUGAAGCGCGACCUCAACCUCAACCUCAGCCCUCUUGCUUCAUGUCUCUCGCCGCUGUCCAACCCAAGGAGAUGAGCCCUUGGAUGGAACCGUACGAAGCGUUCCUGGAUCCCAGCUUUGUCAGUUUGAACGACAUGUCUUCUUUGCAGGUCAACUGCUUGUAUCUGCCACCAACGAAUUCAAGCUCGGCCGGGCCAGGUGGCGACCAGACUCAAGCUUCCCAGAGUGAAGACAACGGCGUGAAUUGGACGGCGAACGUUGGUGUUGGCGUUGGCGUCGCCGACUCCACACCUGGCUAUGUCUGGAGUCCCGUCCAGUUCAGGCAGAACGCCAUCGCCACGCAAGAACACAACAACUGUGGCUCCUCGAUACACGCGCCAUCGCUGGUUGAAGGACCACCUCAGAUCCAGCAGCUCACGACGGCAGCGCUCCCCGCACCGAUGGCUGACGGCCAUUACCACGAGGCUCAGAGGCCUUCCGCUGGCCCUCCGGCUCCCGUUUUCUACCGCGUACAGCAGAGUAACGUGCGCACCGUGGGCCUUACUGCGGGUCCCGAGUCGGCUGGCUCUUCCACCGCGUCUCAAAAGCAAAGGCAAAGGCCAAAGCGUCGGCGGUCAAGCGACGGCGGAUCCAAGGGACGUCGCUCGCGUCGGGGCCGGCAAAAGUCCCCGGACCCGCCGCCGCAGUACCGCCCGUUCCGCCCGGAGCUCGUCGCAGAUUUCUUCAGCCGACAGGUACAGCUGCACGUUGAACCUCUGGAGGCACGGAGCCGUGAGCAUCUUCUGGAUCCUUCUUCGUCUGCCGAGGCGCUGGAUCUUAUCCGAACGGCGCAUACCCAAGUCGUCAAGAUUCUCGGGACACUACGCUCCGUCACCCAGGAGCCUUUCGAGUUCAGGGAGGCGAGGAUUCGGCAGGACGCGGACACGAUCAUUGCUGUGAUGCAGAGCAUCCGAAGUGCGGCGCUGGAGGACGACGAACUGGCCGAACAGGAUGUUCUUUCGCUGAAGCAACGUGUGGAGGCCUUUGUUACCUAUGUCGAGUGGGUUCGGGACCUCCAUCAGACGAGCGAGGUUGCCGCGUCGGAGAACCAAGCCGGCAAGGAUGGUAGUAAAGACUCGUUUGACUCGGGCAACAACACCGCGGCAGCCUCUUCUACUGGUGGGCCUGAGAACGGACCGCAUUCCGACAGCACGGCUGCGAUAAGUGCCGCUGGCUUUACUGCUGCUGCUGUCACUGCCGCUGCCGCUGCUCCCGCCCAUCCCCAUCCGUCACCUUACUGGACGACGGACGCAGCUGCACCUGGAGCUGUGGAGUACGGAGCUCAGGGGCUUUGGCCGUCUGUUCCUGUUCCUAGGAUACAACCGCCCGCAUCGGACUCUGGUACUGCCUAUCCUCUCCCGCAAACGGGAGCCAUUUCUCACGACGCUCCAUUGUCGGCUGGCCAGCAACAACCUUCUCUGUAUCAUCCCGGCUACUCUGCCGAAUUUGAAGGUCAACCCCCCGGACCUUACCCUCAGAACACCGAUAUUAUCUACACUCAACGGAGACACUCGGCUCGUUGAACGUCGCCGGCGCACAGGGUCAAGACAUGCCUUCCAACAAGGUCUCCGUUCAUGUCUCGAGUAAUUUUUUUUUUGCUUUGUGUGUUUUUGACACUUAUCCCUGAAUAUCUGACCGUUUUCUUCUUCUUCGUUUUGUCUUGCUUGUUCUGUCCUGGGUGUCUCUGGGCUUCUCUCGCUUUCCUUUCCCUGAGUGAAUGAAUAUAUCGCGACCACCAUGAAGAAAACACGAAACGGAAACGGAUACAUGGGAGGACGAAAAAACAUGACUGAGGAGCACCUACUUUCCUCCUCUC